AUGGGAGAACUAUCUGAAUUCCAGAAGAAAAGGCUGGAGAAUAUUAAGAGGAACAAUGAGCUCCUGAGGAAACUGAACCUGGUUGGUACUGCUGGUAGAAUUAAAAGAGAAGCUGGUGUGGACGAAGAUCAUCACCGUCAAAAAAGGAAGGCAAGUCGCCAUGCUGCAGAUAGGAAAAGUGUAUCACCUAAGCCAACGAGAGUUCCAACUCGUCGUUCCAGUAGGCUGAGAGGGCAGCCGGCGGAUGGAGAAAGCGUCCCGAAUGUCAGUGACAACUAUCUCAUGAAGAUGGGGAGGAGUAGCUCACCAGAUCAAGAACUGGUAGAUCAAAUGAAGGAGACGAAGGUUAUAGGAGAUGUGAAAUUGAGCGACCUUUUGAAGGGCGAGAACGAAGAUGACCUCGUUGAGAAGUUUAGAUUAUUCGCAGACAAGAAUUUCUCUUCGGGAGACUUCUUCAAAGAGAUUCGUGAACACCAGGGAAAGGAGAAGCCUCAUCUACGGCAGCUUCGGCAGGAAUUUGAUCUUGAGCUGUACGAUGUGUUUCAACCGAACGAGAUCAAGCUAACCCAUGAUCGAAUCAGUGCGAUGUACUUCCAUCCAACGGUUGAUAGGAAAUUGAUUUUAGGCGGUGACACUACUGGAAACAUAGGUCUGUGGAGUGUCCGUGACCAGCCAUUAGAGGAAAACGGCGCUGAUGACUUGGCCGAACCUGAGAUCACUAGGGUCCAGCUGUUCUCAAAGAAUGUUGGGCGUAUAGAUUGCUUUCCCAGCGAUACUUCAAAAAUCUUGGCAUCAUCGUAUGAUGGCUUUGUUCGAUCGAUCGACUUGAAAACUUUGAAAAGCGAUCAGCUGCUAGCGCUAACUAAUGAAUACAACGAGCCUCUGGGAGUAAGCGACUGCCAGUUUAGCUAUGAGGACAUGAAUGUUCUUUUCCUGUCGACUCUCACUGGUGAGUUCACGACAACGGACCUGAGAGAGAAGCCUUCAAAAUGGAAUCUUAUCAGGCUCUCCGAUAAGAAAAUCGGCUCAUUCAAUAUCAAUCCUCAGCGCCCUCACGAGAUUGCAACAGGAUCUCUUGACAGAUCAUUACGAAUCUGGGACAUCCGAAAGCUAGUCAAGAAACCAAAAUGGUCUCAGUACAGGGACUUUCCAAGUUUCGAGAUUGUAUCUACCUACGACUCCCGAUUAAGUGUCUCUGCUGUCUCAUACUCUCCAACUGACGAGACACUGGUGUGCAAUGGCUACGAUGAUACUAUCAAUCUCUUUGACGUCCGCAAAGAGCAGCUCUCGGAGUCCCUGAAACCCAGACUGACUUUGAAGCACAAUUGCCAAAGCGGAAGGUGGACAAGUAUCCUAAAGGCAAGAUUCAAGCAGGACAAGGACGUUUUUGCAAUCGCCAACAUGAAAAGGGCUAUUGAUAUCUACGAUAGCCAGGGUGAACAACUCGCUCAUUUGCCUACAGCGACAGUGCCGGCGGUGCUCGCCUGGCAUCCUCUACGUAACUGGAUCGUCGGGGGCAAUUCCAGUGGGAAGGCCUUCUUAUUCACAGACGAAGGCAGAGUCAAGGAAGAAUAG